GUCAACACAUUCACGCUCCUAUAUAAACAGGUUGGGCCACUGGUGCCUCUUACUCAGUUUUCUGGAGAGGAAUACAAUACGAGUGACACCAUGAACAAGCUGCUUGUCAUUACUGUGCUGGUCGCCCUCCUCGCUCUCAGCGCUGAAAGCUUCCGUGUGUCGAGGCAGGCUGAUCAGGAGGAGCAGGGGACCCUGAGCAAGUUGACAGACACCGUCAGGUCCUACUAUGACGGUGCAGUCAACACUGCGAGUGGAUAUCUAGAGAGCGUCAAGGGCCUGAAGCUGGAGGAGAAGGCAAAGAAUAUUUACAGUGACACCACCACAGUCGUGAGCACCUACGCUGGAAUUCUGCAGGAUCAGAUUUACCACCUCGUGUACCAGAACUAAACAAAAACUGAUUCCAGCUGCCUUUUUUUUUCGGACAGCGUGAGAACUUUCAAGCUCCACUUGAGAGGCCCAAAACGUCAUUUGACAUUUUGAACUUGCUCAUAUCUCACCUCACCCAAGCCUCAAAACCUACAAAGAGCAACUUAAAAAAAAUGGACCUCCUGCAUCUGUACUGGUGCUGCAUGAUGAUAACCACCACACGGGGGGGGGGGGACUGUAAUCCUUUGAAAAAACAACAUACAGCUUGCAAAGAGGGACAAGACAGAAGUUGGCGGGCACAAGCAAAAGAGCACACAGCACCUUAUCAUGUACCGACAACAUUUCCCCCUGGGUCUCAGAGUUAAUAAACAACCAGCCAUGCAAAUAAUUUAGUGACAUAUCGCCACCUACGGGUGUGUUCAGACAUUCCACCUCUGAAUACAUUUAAAUAUGUGUGUCAUAUCUUGAAAUAAAAUAUUUAUACAAAAAACAACAACAACUGGUGUCUCUGGU